AUGGCAAACAAGCAUGCGAUUGUUUUUGGCGCCAGUGGUGUCUGCGGCUGGGCUGUAACUAGUUGCCUCUUGAACGGAUACCCAUCCCCUGACGCAUUUCAGUCUGUGACAGCAGUUACAAACCGACCGCUGGAAUGCGAGGAUGCCCUUUGGCCUAAGUCGGACAAACUUGAUCUUGUCACCGGUGUUGAUCUUCUCACGCCAGAUCGAGCGAGUUUGAAAGAAGAGAUGCAAAGGAAAAUGAGAUAUAUUGAACAUAUCACCCAUGUAUUUUUCUUCGCAUACACCAUGGAUGAGGACCCCGAGGUUGAAGCUUACAAAAACACUUUACUCCUUCGCAAUGCGAUUUCGGUUAUUGAAAGCCUUUCCAACCUCAAAUUUGUAGUCCUCGGUACUGGUGGUAAAGUGUACGGCUCCCAUCUUCCCGGCUUCCCGCACGGCAAUCCUCUUCCUUUAAGGGAAACACUACCUCGGAUCUCAUCGGCUCCGAAUCUGUUCUACUAUCACCAAGUUGAUGCUUUAAGAGACAUGUGCGCAGGGAAAGUUUGGACCUGGUGCGAAAUACGGCCUGAUUUAGUCGUCGGUUUUGUGCCUCACAAUAACUUCUAUUGCUUAGCACAAGUACUGGCGACGUACUUGUCUCUAUAUGCUUCGCUCAAUGGUCCGGGGGCACAGGUCCCUUUUCCGGGUGGAGAAAAGUCCUGGACCAGCCUAUCUCAGGACAGUAGCCAAGACGUUAUUGCAAAGGCGAGCAUUUAUGCAUCUCUCCAUCCCGAAAGAUCUUCACAGGAGAGUUUCAAUGUGGCAGAUGAUGCGACACCUUGGUCUUGGAGCAAUAGAUGGCCAAUCAUUUGUUCCUACUUUGGCCUUCAAGGUGUAGGCCCCACCAGCAAAGCGCGGGGGCCUCAACCAUCGGAAUACUUGGCUGAUCAUGUAGAUGAUUGGAGGAGCCUUGAAAUUAUCAAAGGGCUCCAGCCAGGGAGAGUCAUUAAGAGUGAGACUCAUGCUCUCCAUGCGCAUGCUAUGAUGACAUUGGCAGAUCAAGAUCGACAAAUGGACUUGAGCAAAUGUUACAGGCUGAUGGGCGACGCUAAGACUGCAAUUGGAAUAAAAGAAUCUUGGUGGAAGGCUUUUGAUCGGUUCCGUGAAGCCAGAAUCAUACCUUGA